CGCGCAUGCGCCGUGCCCGCUGCCCCUGCCCGGCCCAGGCUGGGGCUCCGGCGCAAAAUGGCGGCGGCCGGAGCGGGGCCGGGAGGGAGCGGGUGGCGCUGAGCGGGCGGCAUGGCGGCGGCGGGCCUGGCGGCGGCGGCGGGCGGCUGCCGGAGAAAUGGAGGAACAGAAUGCUGGGUCUGGGAUUGAAGAUUUAUAAAGGAUUAUGGGAUUAUACAUUGAAGAGCCAGCAGGCGGAAUGCCUGAGUGACUGAAGAAAAUGGGUGCUAAUGCAUCUAACUACCCUCACUCAUGUUCCCCAAGGGUAGGGGGAAAUUCACAGGCACAACAGACGUUCAUAGGGACAUCAUCCUACUCUCAUCAAGGUUAUGGCUGUGAAUCAAAGCUGUAUAGCCUUGACCAUGGCCAUGAGAAACCUCAAGACAAGAAAAAGAAAACCUCUGGCCUUGCCACCCUCAAAAAGAAAUUCAUUAAGCGUCGGAAAUCUAGCCGAUCUGCUGAUCAUGCCAAGCAGAUGCGAGAACUUCUCUCAGGCUGGGAUGUCAGAGAUGUUAACGCAUUAGUAGAAGAAUAUGAAGGGACGUCAGCCUUAAAAGAACUUUAUCUACAAGCUAAUUUAGCAAGACCAGAAGCCAGGACGCUACAAAAAGACAUGGCUGAACUUUAUCAGUACAAAUAUUGUACUGAUGUAGACUUAAUAUUUCAAGAAACUUGUUUCCCUGUGCAUCGUGCGAUAUUAGCGGCAAGGUGUCCGUUUUUUAAGACGCUGCUUUCUUCCUCACCAGAGUAUGGGGCAGAAAUAAUAAUGGACAUCAACACAGCUGGCAUUGAUAUGCCUAUGUUUUCUGCUUUGUUACACUACCUUUAUACGGGAGAGUUUGGAAUGGAGGAUUCAAGGUUCCAAAAUGUUGAUAUCCUCGUGCAGCUUAGUGAAGAAUUUGGAACACCAAAUUCCUUAGAUGUUGACAUGCGUGCACUGUUUGAUUAUAUGUGCUAUUAUGAUGUGGUUCUGAGCUUUUCAUCCAACUCUGAUUUAGUUGAAACUUUUGGUGGAAGUCAGAACUGUCUAGAUGAAGAGCUCAGAGCUCACAAAGCUAUUAUUUCAUCACGAUCUCCAUUUUUUCGCCACUUGCUGCAGAGGAGGAUACGAACCGGUGAAGAAAUCACAGACCGAACUCUACGAACUCCAACUAGAAUUAUAUUGGAUGAAUCUAUCAUACCAAAAAAGUACGCUAAGGUCAUCUUGAACUGUAUGUAUACAGAUGUGGUGGACCUCUCAGUUUUGCACUCCAGCCCUUCGGUGGGCAGUUUAAGUGAAGUUCAGGCUCUUGUAGCAGGAAAACUGAACAUGACUAGGGCUGAAGAAGCUAUGGAGCUUUACCACAUAGCACUGUUCUUGGAGUUUAACAUGCUUGCACAAGGCUGUGAAGAUAUUAUUGCUGAGAGCAUUUCACUAGACACCUUAAUUGCCAUUCUGAAGUGGAGUUCUCAGCCAUACGGUUCCAAGUGGGUGCAUCGUCAGGCGCUGCAUUUCCUCUGUGAGGAGUUUACCCAGGUCAUGACUUCAGAUGUCUUCUAUGAACUAAGCAAGGACCACCUGCUAACAGCAAUUCAGUCUGACUAUUUACAGGCAAGUGAACAAGAUAUUCUUAAAUAUCUAAUAAAAUGGGGUGAACACCAGUUGAUGAAGAGAAUAGCAGACCGAGAGCCUAACUUAUUGAGUGGUACUGCUCACAGUGUAAACAAGAGAGGUGUAAAGAGAAGAGAUCUUGACAUCGAGGAGCUGAGAGAGAUCCUGUCUCCACUUUUACCUUUUGUCCGCAUUGAGCACAUCUUACCCAUGAGUAGUGAAGUACUGAGUGAUGCAAUGAAGAGAGGCCUGAUUAGUACUCCUCCUUCAGACAUGCUACCAACGUCAGAAGGUGGAAAGUCAAAUGCCUGGCUGCGACAAAAAAAUGCUGGGAUAUAUGUGCGGCCAAGACUGUUCUCACCAUAUGUGGAGGAGGCUAAGAUCUUGAUGAAAUUCCACCGGAAACAAAGCAGCGUUCUGAGGGAAACCUCCCUGGUUUCCAGCCAGUUUGCCGGCCCAGCUCCUCGGCAGCCCACCUGGCAGGCGGAUGGCAAGUCGGUCCUGGACGAAAUGAUGGUGGAACAAACAGACCUCGUUCGCUUGAGGAUGGUCCGAAUGUCCAACGUGCCAGACACCCUCUACAUGGUAAACAACGCGGUGCCGCAGUGCUGUCAUAUGAUCACCCACCAGCAAGUUACUGCUAACCAGUCCAGUCCUCCGUCAGUCAUAGCCAACGAAAUCCCAGUUCCCAACCUCCUUGUUGUAAAAGAGAUGAUCAAAAGGCUGCAGGAGCUUCGUCACACUGAGCAGGUGCAAAGAGCGUAUGCUCUCAAUUGUGGAGAAGGUGCCACAGUCAGCUACGAGAUUCAGAUUCGUGUGCUGCGGGAAUUUGGACUUUCUGAUGCUGCUGCUGAACUUCUGCAGAAUCCUCACAAAUUCUUUCCUGAUGAGCGAUUUGGGGAUGAAAGCCCGCUCCUGACAAUGAGGCAGUCUGGACGAUGCCGCGUUAACAGCACUCCCACUGCAGAAACCAUGUUUACAGAACUGGACUCUUUUGUGGCCUUCCAUCCUCCAUUGCCCCCUCCUCCACCUCCAUACCACCCACCAGCAACUCCUAUUCACAACCAGUUCAAAGUGGGCUGGAAACAAAGGGUGCCAAGUCAACAUCCCUCGCGUUCUUUUUCUUACCCUUGUAAUCACUCACUGUUCCAUUCCCGAACAGCUCCCAAGGCUGCGCCACCUGUCUACUUGCCCAGCGUGAAAGCAGCACCUCCAGAUUGCACUAACACUACAGGUCUGGGGAGGCAAACGGUGGCUGCAGCAGCGGCAGUGAUGGCAGCUGAGAAGCAAGUAUGUACUCAGCCCUUGCUGAACGAACUGAUGCCAGAUAUUGCAAUGGGUGUGUCAGCAAUGUCUUUAAAAGACAGAAGGUUACCCGAGCUCACUGUCGACACAGAACUAAGCCAGACGGUUACAGAGGUAGGGCCCGGUCCACCCCAGCACAUUUCAUGUAUUCAGAGCAGACACAUGCCUACUUCUCGAAAGAAACAUGCAAUAGAGCAAAAAAUAGAUGCUCGAGAAAAUCAGCAGGAAUAUCCUGACUUCUAUGAUUUCUCUAAUGCUGCAUGCAGACCUUCCACUCCAGCACCAAACAGGCACAGCCCUUCGCCUUCGCAAGGCAUUUACUUUGGCCCAGAUUUGUACAGCCACAAUAAGGCAUCACCAAGUGGCUUAAAGUCAGCUUAUCUACCUUCCCAGAUAUCUCCUAAAAAGCAAGAGGAUUCUAGGAGGGAAUACCUGCUCUCCCAAGACGGGCAUCAACACAGACAAAAGAAUGAGCCAAUACACCUCGAUGUCUUAGAACAACCUCCCCAGCGGCUGGACUUGGCGUUGGCUGCCCAGGAGAAUGCUGGUAACGGCCCAGUUCACAUCAGGGGAAGAACAAAAAUGGAAACUGAUUUAACCUACGGGCUAACCUCCAACAGACCUUCGCUCUCUGCGUACACCUCUGAAGCUCAAGAAGAGAGACCCAGCAGGAGACUGGCAGAUGAUGAGCCAUUGGAACAUGGCACACAGAGAAAUGCAGAUUUGGAAAGGGAAGAUGCAGCAAGCAGAGGAAGGAGGUCUCCAAACAAACCAGACUUCCUGUAUAAAAAAUCUGCUCUAUGAAAGCAACCUCCACUAUUUCUCUGUGCCUAAGAGUUGUAUCCCAUUCUUUGCAACUUCUGGCCUGACUUCUGUCAGACAAAUUCAUUCAUGCCAGCAGAUAAAUUCAGCUUCAUUCACUUCUUUUGUACAUACAUACAUUGCUUUGUUAGAGACGGCAUGCUAUCGGUUUUUUAAUGCUGCUUCUGGUUUUAUUUUGUGGGAAACUUUUUUCGAUCAGAUUUAAUUAAGCCUUUAAAAAAAAAAAAGCUGGUACCUUUUUUCUACAACCUGGUAGCAUUUUGCACCUGUACAUCUAUUUUAGUGUAUUAGUUUUGUACUAAUCUGUUGAACUUUAUUGUCACAUUUAAAGGACUGUAUUUUCAUACUUUUUGCAUUUUCCCCUUCACCUGCCAAUUCCCUAUGUGCAUUGGGUUGCACAUAAUGAAAUGUAUUUUCUUACGAGAUAGUAACAAUGUGUUUAUUUUUUAAUUAUAGGAAUUCCAAAGAACAGCACAUCAAAAUACUACAUUUUUAGUUUAAUUUUUUUUGUUUAGAUCUGAAAUCUUCCUGAUUUUUAUGACUAUGGCAAGAAUCCAGUCUGUUCUGUUUGAGAAGUUCUGGCAGCUGGUCUUACCCUUAUAUAGCAAGCCCAUUCCAAGAAUUACACUUGGGAUUUUAAGUGUCCAGGGGAUAUUUAGGAGUCCAAAUUCCAGUGAAAUUCAUCAGGAUCUGACUUUCUGAUUCUGUUUGCUUUGUGGUUCGCCUGUGACCAUGGAGAAUUUCGUGAUCACCCAAGAGCACUUAUUAGUUAGGCAGACUUGAGUUGUUCAUUUGACCAUGCAGAGGUAAAUCUAGAAAUACUGUAAAAAGGGUAGUAAUAACUUGUUCUUCCAGCUACCCCUGCAUGGGGGUAAGUGAAGACUAGAGCUGAGGAUUCAUGCUAAAUCCUGGCAUGUCAGGAAGACAAGGCAUAGUAUCCUAGGCUGUUGCCUGGCUGAUAGCUCUCCAGCUGAGAGGUUCUCUCUCCGACAGAGGUGCUGAGGUGACUGCUCAUUGCCUUGCUUUCUCCUGCCUAUGAUUUAAAAAGGGCUUCACUCCUAGCGAUGUCGUUCAGUGUUCCUUAUCUGAUCUGAAGUGUUUCUGACUUCGUAGUUGCCACUGUUCUGUGAACAAAAUCCAAAUGAAGAGUAACUGCUCUAGCACUGUCAAAUGUGUGAAGCUUUAGCACUCUUAAAUUAUGCUUCUCUUCCCUGAUCUUGCUUUUUUUUAAAGCACAGGAAUGAGAUUCAUCUAUUAACAUGAUAUGCAGAGGGAAUGUGAAGAUUUGGGGCUGGCUCCCUACUGCUGGGUUGAGAUGAAACAACACGACUGUGUGACGGUUGUAGUUAAGUGCAUCCUUCUUAAUACCCAGUGUGCAGUUCUUACAGCAGCUUCGUUGCAUUUAGGAUAGGGAUCCGAUGCCACUGCAGUGUAGUGAUUACUGGUGAACACACAUUUGUUUGUGUUUUUUUAAUGCAGUUUCUAUAACAAAGGAUUUCCCUGUAGUUGAAAACUAAUCCUAAGUGUGACCUAAGAACUAUAUCGAGGUUAGGUUGUUCCCUGCAGUUCAGAAUGCCUAAAUACUACUUUAAGAGAAAUCUUCUGCAAAUUUACAUGUAGCUGAUGGCAGUUUUUCUUACCCACCUUGUUCCAUUAAAGCAUGCAAGGCCUGACAACAAUACCAUUUUACUGAACUAUACUGAAUACUGCAUUUCAGAACUACCAAAUAGCUUGUAGAUAAAUGAAGAUGUGGGUUUGUGGACCAAUAAAUCAUGAUGUCUCCUACAUGCUUACAUACAUAUGCCUCCCGCUUCUAGGAAAGCUCUGCAGGCACUCCUCUCGAGGUGCAGCCAAAAAGGCACAGUGUAGGAUUGGAGGAGAAACACAGCUAAGCUGCACAGGUCAUGUAAGUGUUUUGUGGGUGAGGGGAGAUGUGUGUUUUCCUCCAUUACCCUCUUUUAAACUGCUUUUUGACCGUGGUCAGAAUGAGCCCUGGUCUCAUCACCACUGAGUGUAACUGGUGUGGGACUGCAGUGUAAAAUAGUGUUAAAUGCAGGAAGGUGUGGGGAGGGGAGCAGGUUCCUGUGGGUCAGGGACUGAGGUUCAUUGGAUUUAUUCUGAAGAUCCGAGCACAGUGCUGUCUUACUGUGUAGCUCUAACCAGACACUUUGGUCUCUUGCCCGUGAGCACUAGAAGCAUUAGUUAGCAUCACACACAAAAGAAAGAAAAAACCUCACUGCAUUUGCAUUAUUUAUAUAUAUGUUGGUAGCUUAGCUGCUAAGAAGUCGUAGCUGUCCUCAGAAGACUUACUGUUCUGAGUAACUUAUUUUUACCUGGAAAUUAUAAAUGUACUUUCAAAGGAAACUAUUUUUACUCAUAGUUUGAUGCGGCACUGUGUGCCUGGACUGAGAUGGGGCUGAAGUCUACAGAUUUAAGCUUAAAAUUUGUGGGGACGUGGCUGAUAAAGACUGAAAGGUUUUGAGGUUACGGCUUGAGGGAAAUGAUGAAAUGGUUUGUCUUUGGAAUAAGCUGGUGAGAAAUGUCUUUCUGGGGUUGGGGGGGGACAUGCCUGCAUUUUAGGAUACAAAAUUGCUUCUGAAGUCUCAGAAGCAGAACAGUAUUAAAAAGAAUAAAGUGUUUAAAAGUAGGUUCAAACUAAAAGGCAAGUCCUUUUGAGGCCACGCAGACAAUCAGGCCAUUCAGACAAUCUGUUUUCACUUGUAUAUUUUGAGUUAGGAAGAUGAUAGCAGCUAAUGGCAGCUGAUUUUGAGCGGAAAAGGAUUUGUCAAAUUACUGGAAUCAUAUUUUUGUAGUCCAGAGUAGGAUUUCCUACCUAGUUGGACACAGAGGGAGGGGAGCGAGACCAUCUUUAUUCUUCAUGGAAGCAUUAAUCAGAAGCCAGUGUUCAUACGCUUCUCGUGCAGCACGCACGUACCUGUGCUACCUGCUGCUUUUUGUUCUCUUUCUACUGAAACUGGUGCAAAAACUCCUUGUUUACAUGAAGCACUUUCCAAUUAGGCUGGAAAUUAACAUCCUUUCCUCCUACAAAUUUGAUGGAGACAAUGGAUCAGUGACUGUAUUUUUCUUUAGGAUAGAGGUGUGGACAUCACGUUUUCUUGGCUGAGGAAGAGUUAUGCUCCUUCUGUUUAAGAGCUCAGAUUUUCAUUUAGUGAGCAACAUGCAAAAACUUCUUACUCCCCUUUCCCUGAGCCCUUCCUCUUUUCCUUAAUAUAUCGUUGAAUAACUGAAUUCCUGAAACAGAUUCUUCCUUUGAAGUGUUUUACUGUUCCACGGAGUUACUGUAGUUGUGUGUUAAUAACUGCUGUGUUGUUUGGCAGUUUCUUGUCAUGCUUUUCAUUUCUGAAAGCUAAGGCUGUGGCCACCCUUACUUGUAAGCCUUGGGUUUUGGUCUUUGAAUGUCCCAAAUGUUUGUCUUCAUAGAUUUCCUUGGUUUGGGUUUUUUUGAGAGAAUACACAUGCUGUUUGAGGCAAUGUUAGUUCUUCUAAUAAUUGUAUGCUUAUGGUAGAGGUGGUGCUGAGCUCUGCUCAAUACAGGGAACGGUUGAGAGAUAAAACUGUAAAACCAUAUUUGGGGUUUCUGUAAUUAUCUGUACUUCCAGAAGGUAGCUCUGCCUUCUGCAAUGUCACGGUUUUGUUUCUUGUCCUUGUGUUGUUACUGGUAUAAAGUCAAGUGCCUUCGAUGCUAAAGGCUCAGAAAAACUUUCUUAAACUGACUUCAUGUCCUAUGCAAGUGUUUUUUCUACGACCUGCAUAACCAGUACUUUGUAAAACUUGUUUACGCUUCAAUUGUACAUAGUGUUUUUAAAAAAAUAGUAUUUUUAUUUAGGUACCUCCAAACUUGAAUUCUAGUCUUGUGUGAUACAUUGUAAAACAAUACAUUUCUCUUUUGAGUACCAUUACAGUUGUACAAAGGUUUUCACUGGUUCUAUUUUUCUACUGUUGCUGAGAAGCAUGUAACACUGACUUUAUCCUACGUAUAGUUGGCAUUUCAAAUAAAUGGCUUGUAUAGAA